GUAGCCACAGCAACAUUAUGGCUAAAUAUUUGUAAUGCUAUUUUCACUCGCAUUUUGCUCAUUUUUUCUGGUUUAACAUGCUCCUUUUCAAAUUUGUAAUUAAAUUAUUUCUUAUUCCCUUUAUUAGGUGGGGGCCGUCAUACAAGGGUAUCAAGCUUUGUUUGUUUAUUUGUAUGACAUCAUGGCGCCACUCUGUACCUAGUAUCUAAGUCACUGCAUUCAACCUUCAUUGCAUUCCCUAAUUGACAAUAAUUAUAUUGCCAAUAAUUAUUUCUAAAAAUGUUAAGUCACCAUAAAUUUCAUCAAUGGAAUUAUAAUUACAUUUUAUGGAUAAUUUGUACUUAAAUUAAAAGUUUACUUUUACCCUUAGCUGGAGUCGCGAUUUUUGCUAACAUAUCUGGAGUCGGGGGUAUAAAAUGACCCCGUAAGGUUAUACCUUAUUACACUUAUUUCAUUUAUUAAUAAACAACUUAAUAAUUAAAUCGUAAUUAACUUUUUUACAUUUUUUAUUCUUAUUAAUGUUUUACUAUAAACUAAAAGGAUCUCUAGUUUUUUUAUAUAAUUUUUUAAGUAUUAACUUUAGGAACCCUAAAGGCGUGUCCAAACAUAGCGCUGCGAGUGCGCGGCAGCAACACGCGGCAAUCGCGAGACACAGCUCUGAUGCGCGACUAGUGUAGACAUCCCAGAAAUGUGUGCGCGGCAAUACUGCGCGGCAUGUCCUAGACACGCUGUGCUCUCAGUUUGCAUUCGAUCCAAAAUGAAAGCGGCCGCGUGUGUUGUAGCUCUACUUAUUAUUCGAAAAUUACGCAGAAGGAAGAGACUGAAAAAAACAAGGCAAUGCUGGAUACGACCACUUUUCCAACAGAGGGUAAAGAAUUUGAAAGUGAUUAAUUAUGAAAUCCACUAUCGAACAACACAGUUUUUAAGAUUGACCUUGGAAGAAUUUGAACAUAUACAUACACUGGUGGAACCAUUUAUUAAAAAAACUGAUACACACUGGCGUGUAGCAAUAACGACGAAAGAGAGACUCGCAAUAACUUUGCGAUAUUUGGCCACAGGAGACUCAUAUACUAGUCUACAAUAUAUAUUUCACGUGUCAAAGCAAACAAUCUCAAAAAUAGUCCCAGAGGUGUGCGAUGCCCUAGUGAAAGCUCUGAAGGAUGCGAUAAAGUUACCAGUAUCGGAACAAGAUUGGAAGAUAGUCUCUAAAGAAUUCGAGGAAAAAUGGAAUUUCCCACAUGUCAUCGGUGCUUUGGACGGAAAACAUAUAACUAUUCAGGCUCCUUUUAGAAGCGGCACCGAGUAUUACAAUUAUAAAAAAUAUUUUAGUAUUGUACUUUUAGCAUUAGUAGACUCAAAUUACAAUUUUAUGUACGUUAACGUUGGAAGUCAAGGUCGAAUAUCAGAUGGAGGCGUUUUUAAACAUUGUGAAUUGUACCGAAAGUUAGAAAAUAAUCAACUUAAUGUACCAGCACCAGAAAUUUUAAAUAUACCCUACACAACAAAAGUACCCUAUGUCAUAUUAGGAGAUCAAGCUUUUGCUUUAACUAAAUAUAUGUUGACACCUUUUGCAGGAAUUCAUUCAAAAGGGUCUAAAGAACGGAUUUUUAACUACAGACUAUCGAGAGCACGUAGAGUAGUUGAAAAUGCUUUUGGUAUUUUGGCGUCUAAAUUUAGAGUACUGAGAAAUGCAAUUAUGUUAAACCCAACAUCAGCUAAAAAGGUAGUUCUAGCUGCUGUUCACUUGCAUAAUUUUCUUCGAAACAGCUCUUCAAUAACAACCUCUAAUAACUCAAUGAAUGAAUCAGUUACUUUAACACCGAACGAAUGUAUAGAUGGCACUCCAACCGAUAUUCGUAAUUUUUUGGCAGAACAUUUUAUGGCAAACGGGUCGAUUAUUUGGCAAGAUAGAUAUUAA